AUGGAUAUAAGUGGUCUGAAUACUUUAAAUCAUUUCAAUGUCAAUCUCAGGGCCACCACCGCAAAAAAUUCCGAUUACGACGCCACGGUUGCGACGGAAAUAUCACACGGUACCGGUAAAAAAGCCAAACCCACCCCCGACACGGAUACCAAUGCAAGAUCAGGUGCAGACUCAAACAUGGACUUGCAUGGCACAGCGAAUCUGGGUUCAGUUUUCCCAGUAUCAGUGGAUAACUCAAUCGCCAUGUGGUCAUGCGUUUCGCAGUCGAAUUUGCACGAAAUGGAGAGAGAUGGCAAUGAGCAGGACUGGACAUCAAGCAUAUUUAACCUCACCAGCCAGCAGAUGGACGCCGGCUUGGCUUUUCUCGACACAGUACCAGGUCUCUUGCCAUGGGAGAAUGGUGAUUGCUCCUGUCUAUGGAGCGAACUCGUCAAGACAACAACCGACAGCGGCAGUGACAUGAUAGGCGACAAGAAUAGUCCUGACGUCUGCAUUUCGCAGUUGUCUCAACUCAGCAAUCGCCUCUCCUCACUAUAUCGUUGGAGUUGCGCUAUUGCGGACAAUGCUGAGUCGCCCUUUCGAUCUGGAGACCCAAGCCAAGCACAUCAAAGCUCCCUUAUCAAUGAUGCCGCGUUCAAGUUAGUGGCAUCAUGGUUGGUACUCGUCUCUGCGGAUAUGAACAUUUUCCCUUGUAUGGACCACAAGACAAGCGGAAGCUACCAGGGGUCCGCUGUAAUCAAUGGAAUUGCCCAUCAGCUCUCCUUCGAAGAUCCUGCCCAUUGCCAGGAAGAGAUCACGGAGAAGGAUGAAAAGAAUGAAAAGGUAUGGGCGCUAAAGAAAAUUGUUCAGGGAAUGCUCCCAGGACAAUGGGAGAAUACUCGGCGUCCGUAUAAGAAUGAAGAAGUUGCGCGGGUUCAUGUUCUUCGAGUCGACAUUAAUCCCAACGAAUCUCACGUGCACUCGCGCCUAGGUGUUUUUGGCUAUGAAGCAAAAUGGGAAAAGGCCACUAGAAAAGACUAUUGGGAGUGGGCGAUUCCGCUCUGGGAGACAUACGGUGAUCUGAUUCCGGGGAAAACCGAUAUACCUCCUCCCCAACAUUUAAACGGCCUUUUCUACGAGAGAAACAAAGGAAAUAAAGAGAAAGCAGAAACGGAGGCCAAAAGACCGGUACCGUGA